GCAGCUAGCGAGACCUAUUGUGGAUAUUGAUGUUGAAAAUAACUAAUCUGCGAACGAGUCAUUUCUUACCAUUUCGUUUGGAUUUUUUUUGCAAUUCUAAACAACUAAUUUAAAAACUUAGGGUUGUCUUUUUUAUUUUGUUCCAAAUGGAUGAAGAAGAAAUGGUUGGUGAUAUUGACUUUGACCUGUCAGAAUGGAUGAUUGUUGAUGAUGAUGAUGGCUGUGACUCGGAUGAACCUGAAGGUGAGAGUUUAAAACCUGAAGAAGCUGCUUCAAAGUCUGCACCGCCCGCCAGCGACUCUGAUGCUAAACAAAAUCAAAGUAAUAAAGAACCACCAACAAGUAAAGCUAGCUUACAGCAAGCAUCUGCUACUGAAAAGGAAGCAAAAUUGAGUAAAGACCCAUCUCCUACUGAAAAGGAAGCAAAAUUGAGUAAAGACCCAUCUCCUACUGAAAAGGAAGCAAAAUUGAGUAAAGACCCAUCUCCUACUGAAAAGGAAGCAAAAUUGAGUAAAGACCCAUCUCCUUCUGAAAAGGAAGCAAAAUUGAGUAAAGACCCAACUCCUUCUGAAAAGGAAGCAAAAUUGAGUAAAGACAAUGUCAAAAUCAAUGCUGCCAAAGCAAAGCCUCCAGCGCAAUCCCCAUCUUCCAAAGUUUCAUCCUUACAAUCAAACAGAGACUCUAGUUUAAGAAAUUCUUCUCCCAGAGUGUUGGCUACUCCAGGACAGACAAAGUCUUCAAAACACAAUAACCCAGUUAAAGGUGCUGGUGGUUCUGUGGUUGAGAAAAAUGUUUCAGACAUCGGAAUGGCCAUUUCUAAAUCAGAAACAAAGCCAACUACAAGACAAGCAACUAGCAAGAGCUCAAAAGUUUUGAAACCUGUUGAUAAUAAAAAUGCAGCAACUGUAAAACCAGUUGAUAGCAAGAAUGCAUCAACUGUUGUGAAACCAGUUGAUAGCAAGGAUUCAUCAACUGCUGUAAAACCAGUUGAUAGCAAGGAUUCAUCAACUGUUGUAAAACCAGUUGAUAGCAAGGAUUCAUCAACUGUUGUAAAACCAGUUGAUAGCAAGGAUUCAUCAACUGUUGUAAAACCAGUUGACAGCAAGGAUUCAUCAACUGUUGUAAAACCAGUUGAUAGCAAGGAUUCAUCAACUUUUGAUAAUAAAAAUGCAUCAACUGUAAAACCAGUUGAUAGCAAGGAUUCAUCAACUGUUGUAAAACUAGUUGAUAGCAAGGAUUCACCAACUGUUGUAAAACCAUUUGAUAGCAAGGAUUCACCAACUGUUGUAAAACCAGUUGAAAACAAGGAUUCAUCAACUGUUGUAAAACCAGUUGAUAGCAAGGAUUCAUCAACAGUUGUAAAACCUGUUGAUAAUAAAAAUGCAUCAACUGUAAAACCAGUUGAUAGCAAGAAUUCAUCAACUGUAAAACCAGUUGAAAGCAAGAAUUCAUCAACUGUUGUAAAACCAGUUGACAGCAAGAAUUCAUCAACUGUUGUAAAACCAGUUGAUAGCAAAGAUUCACCAACUGUUGCAAAACCAGUUGAUAGCAAGAAUUUAUCAACUGCUUUAAAACAAGAUGAUAAUAAAAAUUCUCCAAAAAAUUGUGCACCUGUGAAAACUUCAUCAACUCCUGAUAGAAAAAGUUCCUCUAAAACUAUUGAAAAGAAAGUAACUUCAGACACAAGUACACCAAAUAGGCCAUCAAAUAUUGACAAACGUUCUACUAACUCAGUUACCAAAUCAACUUCAUCUGAAAUCAUCACGAAUAAGAAAACCAGUCAAUCAUCAUCUAAAGCAAGUGGUAACGCCACUGAAAAAAAGUCCCCUGAAAUAAAAACAGCUGCAGUUUCAUGUUCAACACCAGUUGUCAAAAGUAACAACAGAGACACUGUUAAACUAACGGAACCCACCACUGAAAAAAAGGCACCUGGAAUCAAAUCCCCUGUUGACCAGGUUAAAAAACCUGACCAGAAGUCAUGCAAAGCCUUAGAAAAAAAUUUAGAAGAGAAGACCCCAGUGAAAAAAUCACCAACUCCCAUUACUUCCUUGAAGACCAGUCUCCCAGUUCAGAGGUCAACUGUUGCCAUGUUGACCACAGCUAAUGAUAAAACUGACAAAGCUGUGAGUGCAAAUAAAGAGCCUGAAAUAAAAACACCCUCAAAAGAUGCAUCCCCUAUUGUUCAUACAACGGAUAAACUAGCAGAUAAAACUUGUAAAGAUAAGACUGAAAGUCCAACGGCAAGCAGUGUCCAGGGCGGGUUAAAAACAACUGGCACAUUGCAGGUUGUACCAGAACCUGGAGCUGGAAAAGUUUCUACCACUCCCAGCAUCAAACUUGAAGUUGAUUUGAAUUCAAGCUCUAAAAAUGAUACCUCCCCAGCACUAUCAUCAAACACACUCAAUGUUCCUAAGACUGAAAUAACUCAGUUUGUUGAUAAGACAGAACACGUUAAAUCUGAUGAUCCUUCUACCAACCUGGAGAAUGCUUUAUUGAAAAGUUCACCUUCAAAGGAUGGAGAUGCUAAUAAAAUCUUUGAAGCCCCACACAAAAAAUCAGCAUCGCCGGCCAAACAGCUCGAUGAUGCAGAAAGUCUAGCAUUUAUAAUGGGGUCUGUGGAUAAGAUGGAUAAUGAGCCCAGCGAUGAUGUUCCUAUUGACAUUGACCUGGUGACAGAUGCCGCAUCCUACAAGCCACCCACGGCUACAGAUGUCCAGUCCAAAGAUACCAUGUCAGGCAAAAGGCCUUUAUGCAGUGAUGAUGAACCCUCUUGUAAAAAGAUCAAAUUAGAACGGUCGGCUAUUACAGCUGCUGCCAAAAGUAAAUCCCCAAAGAUGGAUGAAACACCUUUUAAAAGUAAAUCCCCAAAAUUGGAUAAACCAGAAAAACCAACACCAACAGCCCCCAGUAGUGUGGCAGAUUCAUCAACCUCUGCGCCAGCAAACAAAACAAAUAAAAGAAUCGUCAGAAGGUUUCAUAGAUCUAUCCAAACCCUGCCCAAAGAGAUCCAGAACAAACUGAUUCACUGCCAGAUUAAAAUCCCUGCGCUGGACUGCCCACCAAAGACAAUCAGCCAGGCAGGUGUACAAGCCGACCCAGUGGAGCCUAGUAAAUGGACAGAUAAAGUGCGCUACCACGCCAAACUUCCUGAAAUAGUUCCGGAAAAUGUUUUUUUAGCUGUUUCUGAUUUUGAUGUCAAUAAGCCUCGGCAACAGGAUUAUUUUCCAGGGAAAUACAGCUAUGGAAUAUGUUUAGGACAAAUUUCAACUGCCGACCUGUUUAAGUACUCUUUGAAAGAAGGUGUUUUCCCUAAGUGUGACUCCUACAACAUUUACUUUCAGGGACUCGAUGUUGGUAUCCUAGAGUUGUUCUUUGGUAACAAAGAAAAAUUUCUAGCAAUGGUGACUCAUCUACGGAAAAUAAAACUGGGCCUGCGUUACCUGGUCGUGACGUUCUCCUACAACCUGGAAGAGAAUGAAAUGGAUCCACUUCAAAAGCUGACACAUAUUAAAGCAACUGUCCUGGUUGAUCAGAAUUUUUCAUCUACCAGUUACCUUCAGUUCUCUAAAACACCCACCUGGAAUGCCCCCACAAAAAUAGACAAAACAAUGUUUCUGCAUAAUUUACCCGGGGGAGUCCCCAUUGAAUUUUUCAAGAUCAUAUUACCUGAUGCCCUCAUCAUUGAACCACUUGAUCGCACCUCAAAGUUUACCCAAGAGGACAGACUUAUUCGAGUGUGUCUGACCAAAAAGUUUGGAUGUGACCACCUGUUUGAUCUCUUCAUGCAGCUGUACGUCAACAACCAGUACGUGAUCUGUACAGAGAGCAAAUCUGUCACGGCUGCUCAGUCGAGAAUAAAAGAAAUACAACAGGAAAGAGACAAAUGGCAAGCUGAGGAGGACAAGAAAUUUCCCAAACCAGAUUUCACUGAGAAAAUAUUAACUUGUGAACCAAGGGACAUCAAUGUUGACACACCCACUAAGCCUGAGUGUAGUCCUGAUGGCAUUCAAGUCAUAAUGGAGGUAGAGGCUAGUGAAAAAGAGGACAAAAUUCUGAUGGGCAAGUUGGUGGAGAAGACAGCUGUACACGCCACAGCUGACCUGUCCGACAUAUCAGAUUCGUCCGACCUGGACCUGGGCAACCCGUCCAAGCCCAACAAAAAUUUGUUCAAGUCUGCCAAAAGACCCGCCCACCUCAGGACCUUCUCCAACAAAAACAACACAGAGCCCAACACAAAAUACAAUAAAAUCAAGACCAGUGCUGGCCAGAAAGUCAAUAAAACUAAAGCAAAUAAAAACAGUGCGGCCGCUGGUGGUAAAGCAAAGAACGCUGGCUCAAAAAGAUAUGAUAAAAAGCCCAAGAAGGCUGAGGGUAGAGAGGACAGUAGAAAGGAGAGGGAGGGCAGCAGCAUUUCAACGUCUAAGCUGUUAUCAGAACGAAGGAAGAAAGUCCCUUUAAGCAUAUACAAGUCUAGAGAGCCUGUCAGGAUGCGACCACUGGCCAGAUUUAAUCGGCUCAAGAGCCCUGAGCGCAGGAAAUAUGAAGACAUCAGUGAUGAGGAGAGACCCAGCAGGGAGACAACCCUAAAGAGGAGAGAGCUGACCCACAAGAGGGCUGAGGUGUUAAGCGACAGGUACCGCGCUCACUUGAGGGAGAGAGAAAGGAAAAGACAGAGAGAAAAAAUGGAGCUGGGUAGAAGGGAGAGAGAGAUCCAGGCUGACCACACUGGUCGCUCUAGUCAUCACAGAGACAUGAGCGCCCAUGUUGACACGCCUGCUAGGCUGAUCAACGACGGGUACAGAGCACAUCACAGCAGGCAUGUCAGCGUGGAGUCUGACAAGAGAGCCAGGGAAAUCAUUCAGCAAGGGAGAAGACUGAGCUUGGAGAAACCGGAGCCCAUGAGGCAUGUCAGGGAGAUGGAAGGCAGGCCGGAGCCCGCUAGAGAGACGGUGCUCACCAAGACGAGCAGGUUGUUUGACACACUGCUGCAGGACUUGACCUCCCACGAGAAGAGGGAGAAGGUCAAGCAGCUGGUGCGUGAAAAACUGACCACUUUUGUCAGGCAGAAGACUGCGGGGGAGGGAAGUCAUCACAGGUCCAGGAGUCCCAUCCACCACGCUGCCAUCACUAGGAGAGGCUCAACUAGCCCCAGAAGAUCACCGCGGAUGUUGAGGCAGGCGUCCCCUUCACCCAUGCGAACACUGCGCCGCGUGACCAUCGUGAGGAAAUCCUUGUCCCCCAAACCCAGGCAUGAGCAGAGAGCCAGCCUGUCACCCAUCAGUGUGGCUGAUGACAGAGACCUACAGGAGGGGAUGUGGUUGUCACAGGCCCCACAGGCACAUCAAGAGUCCAGAAAAAUUGCAACCAUCCCUCCAAAUUCUAAGAAAGCCGAAACAAAGGAACCACCAUGGAGAUCUCAGGUGGUUAGAAAAGUGUCAAGGGACAAUGCCCUCCCUAAUCUGAUUGACAAGAGAGGGUUUCUGGCCAAGAUUUUGAACGAAGUCAAGGGAGCUCAAAGAUCAAGCUCCCCCAGGCUAAGUGAUGUGUCUGACCACUCCACCUUUGUAGACAAGAUGAGGAGUGUGUAUGGCUCUAACACUGAACCCAAGCAGUUCCAGCAGGUUACUGAAACUGCUGGAAGUAUGACCCGGGGGGGUGGUGACCUCGCAGGCACUAGCAGGUCUCAGGUUGAAGCGUACGAGACCAUUUCUCCAGGCAGGCAAAACAGUCCCCUGGGUUCACAUGAAGGCAUGUCGUAUAACAGAAGCCAGGAACCUCGUAACAGUAAUGCAUUUGAGCGUAACACCAAUGUAUUUGAUCGUAACAUUUCAACGUCUGAUCGUAACACCAAUACUUUUGAUCGUAACAUUUCAACAUUUGAUCGUAAUACCAAUACAUUUGAUCGUAACAUUUCAACAUUUGAUCGUAAUACCAAUACAUUUGAUCGUAACAUUUCAAUGUCUGAUCGUAAUACCAAUACAUUUGAACGUAAUACAACUUCAUUUGAUCAUAACACGGCUUUAGAUCGUAAUGCAAACACAUUUGAUCGUAACACAAACAUGUUUGACCGUAAUAAUACCUCAGCCGAUCGUAACACCAGUACCUUUGAGUCCAACUCUACGUCAUUUGACCGUAACACCAACCCCUAUGACCAUAACACAAACACCUUUGACAACAACAGCGCCAAUGUGUUUGAACAACGCAGACAGACCAUACCCCCACCCAUCCCACCUCCCCUCCCCCCACCACUGUUCCCUUCCGCUGGGUCCCAGACGAGGCUGUCCCAUUUGGAGCAGCUGGCCACCAGGUUGGCCAUGGAUAUCCAGCGGCAGCAGGAGCCGUUCAAUCAACCAUCUUGGGGCCAACACUCGGCUCCUGCACAGUUCCAGAUGCCUAGAGCCACUCUCCCGCUAACUCAGUUCCCACUGUCAAAUUCUUCACUACCCCGCCAGUCCAAUGACCCACCAUUCCGCAUGGGCAACCCCUCCCUGUCUGAGUUAUUGGCCAAUCAAAGGCCCCCAACGAUGGGGGGAAAUUUGUCUGGGGCAAGGCUGCCAGGGCCCCAAGAUGUUAGAGGCUUUCAUUCAGCAUGGCCUCGUCAGAAUUUUUAAACCCAUUUCAUAUUUUAAAUCAAAAACAAUACUUUUUAAAAAAUGUUAUUUUUAUUUGUUUAUCAAACAAGCAUACAUUUUUUUGUGAAAAGAUAAAAAAAUAAAUUAUCUUUACUGUAAAAAAAGUUGUCGGUUGGAUAAAUUACUUUACCAUGUGUGAUUAUGUAAGAAAAGCUAAUGCAUAACUGGUGCGUGUGUAUAAACUUAUGUGUAGGUUUAUCUGAAUUGAUAGAUUCAUGCCAUUGCUGUAAAUCCAUUCAUUAUGGUCAUUUUUUUUUUCACCCCAGAAAACAAUUUUUUUAAGUAUUUUUUUAAUUCUAAAUAACCAUGUUGUUUUAUGUACAUUAUUGAGCUGUUUAAUUAUGUGAAGAUAAAAUUGUAAAAUUUUCCAUCCACUUCUAAUAAAUAAUUGCUGUUUGUUGUACAAGAAUAAAUCUAGAAGUUGCUUUAUUAUUAGCAAGAAGCACAAGUUAUUUUAAAAACCUGGUUGUUUCUGAAUUACUAUUUACAGGCUUUAGUCUAUAUGUAGAUUUUAGUAUUUGUCAUGUAAAUAUUUUGAUAAAAAUAUGUCUUGUGAUCAGAUAGAUAUGUCUUCUUUAUGAUUAUGUGUAUUGUGUUGUCGAAACCUCUAUUUCUUGCAUAAAUAAACACUUUAACUGUA